AUGGCGCUAGCUGCGCAGCAUUUGUGCACCGCCGCCGUCAGUGUCAGCCAGUUUGCCGUGGCAUACGGAGCUCCAUCGCAGUCUUUAACACUGGUAGCAUGCCGCGACAGCGUGGACGUGAACCGCCCGAGCCGCUUGCGUAAUACCGGAGUCUGCCAAGCGCAGUUGCCCUGCAGUCUCGCACACGAGAGCAGUGCAGAUGGACAGCAAGGUCCUCUUGUUGCUGCUGGUGGCAGUGGUCGCCGCAGAAGAGCCGAACGGGCUGGCCGCUUUCGGCUGGCCGGACAUCGUCGUCAAGCAACCGGAAGAGCUGCCGGGCGGCUACUCGGUUUCGGCAUCGGCGGUCCCGGGGUCGACGCUCGCCUGGGCCGCGGCAGCAGCUGCAGCGCUGCGCUACCUGCUAGGCGCGUAGCGCGAGGACAGACGUCCAGGAUAAUGCAUAUACCACUGCAUCGGACAUCAAAGCAUGACGGUGGAGUCCUACCAACGUACGGGCACCCAACUGCCACUAAAGAGAUAAUAUAACGAUACUCAAUACUUUUACCACUCUACUUUUGUUUACAUUGUAACUGUUUAAUAACAGUAAUUUUUGUGACUAAACUAUUGGAUACGUA